GGGUAAGCAAAACAUGAGACGUCAAUGGUGUGAGGAAAGAUGCCCGUUAAAAAUAGAAAAAUGGAAAACAGCAGGGGAUUUAGGUAGGGAAUAAUUGUAACGUUGUUACCAAACCUUCUAUGAAAACGAAGACUGUAGCAUUUAACCCUUGAACAUUUAAUCCCAUAAUUUGAUUCUCUCUCUCUUUCUCUCACUGUCACAGUGAGUCCCCUUUGGCUCUUUUUUGCUUUAAUAUUUUUUCCUCCUUGCUUUUUCUCUCUUUUCUUGUCUCUUUCCCUUUCAUCUUGCUCUCCACACUCACUCCACUUUAUACACUCACCCUCUCAAAAAAACCAAGAAAAUCUUUUCCUUGUUAUUGAAAAACCCAUUAAAAAGCCCACUGUUUUACUCUUGCUCACACUUGUUCAUUCACUUUUCUCCAAAAGACCCAGAUUCUAAAUUCGAUUUUGUGUUUCUUCUCAAUGUGUAAAGCUUGAAUCUUUUUUCAUAUCUAAGAGCUCUUUAUUGGGUUUGAUUUUUCUUGUGUGAAAGUAUCAAUGGGCAAAACUGGGCUGGUUUUGGUUGUCGCUUUUUUGCUUCUUCUUCUUGGAGGAGUCUCUUUAGCUCCUCCUACUUCUUCACCUGCGAAGAUCGUUAGUGGGUUUUUCUCUAAUGUUUUAUCUGCUUCUAUGAAAUGGUUAUGGUCACUCAAAACUAACACCAAAACAGCAAUUAAUGGCCGUCCAAUGAUGAAGUUUGAGGGUGGAUACACUGUGGAGACUGUGUUUGAUGGAAGUAAGCUUGGGAUUGAGCCUUACACUGUUGAGGUUUUGCCUAGUGGGGAGCUGCUGAUUUUGGACUCUGCCAAUAGCAACCUUUAUCGGAUUUCUGCUUCUUUAUCUUUAUAUAGUAGACCAAGGUUGGUUGCUGGAUCCCCAGAGGGACACCCUGGACAUGUAGAUGGGAAGCCCAGAGAGGCAAGGAUGAACCAUCCAAAAGGGCUAGCUGUAGAUGACAGGGGGAACAUUUAUAUUGCAGACACCAUGAACACGGCAAUCAGGAAGAUAAGUGAUGCAGGUGUUACAACAAUUGCUGGUGGGAAAUGGAGUCGGGGAGGGGGACAUGUUGAUGGACCAAGAGAAGAUGCAAAGUUUUCUAAUGAUUUUGAUGUGGUCUAUGUUGGAAGCAGUUGCUCCCUUCUCGUGAUAGAUAGAGGCAACCGAGCUAUCAGAGAGAUUCAACUGCAUUUUGAUGACUGUGCAUAUCAGUAUGGAAGUGGUUUUCCUCUUGGAAUUGCUGUACUUGUUGCAGCUGGCUUCUUUGGUUACAUGCUAGCUUUGCUGCAACGUAGAGUGGGCACCAUUGUAUCAUCCCAGAUUGAUUCAGUUAAAGUGAAUGCUACCGUAUUGAGUCCUUAUCAGAAACCCCUGAAAUCAGUCAGGACACCUUUAAUUCCAACUGAAGAUGAACAAGAGAAGCAAGAAGAAGGCUUCUUUGGAUCCCUUGGGAAGCUUUUUGUCAAUGGUGGUGUUUCUGCUUUGGAAAUUUUGGGAGGAGUAUUUCCUGGUUUUAGAAAGAAGCCGCUAAGCUAUCAAUAUCAGAGCCAGCACCAACAACAGAAGCACUCGAUGUCUUGGCCUGCACAAGAGAGCUUUGUGAUACCAGAUGAAGAUGAGCCCCCAUCAAUUGAUACCCGAAACCCCACUCCACGGAAAACAUACCCUUUUAUGUCCAAAGAUGCAGAAAAGAUCCAUCAGUUGCGUCAAAGCCGGGCCUUCUACAGUGGAUGGGAUGCAAAUAUGCAGCAGCAGCAGCAGCAGCAGCAGAAACAGCAACAUCAUCAUCGCUAUCAGUCAUCUACCCCGCAAACUUACUAUGAGCAGAGCCAUGAGAAAACGAAUGAGAUUGUUUUUGGGGCAGUUCAAGAACAAGAUGAGAAGCACGAAGCUGUGGUCAUAAAGCCUGUUAAUUACGGAGACAACACGUAUGAUCAUCACAAUUUUCGCUUCCGAUCAAAUUUGGGUUACAGUUGUGACUAUUAAACACAACAUAGAUUUUGGAGUAAUUACCUCAUUCCAGCAUGAUGUUGGUCCUUAAAAAUUUAGGAUAGUUAAAGAUUUGUUCACAGAGAAAUGAGUGUCUGUGGCCUGUGGAGCAGCUUUAGUGCUACAUGGAGGGGUUGGGCUUCACUCUCAGGUCAACUGGCCUAAAUUUUGUAAGGCUGCUUGCAUUAAAUAUCCUGAAACUCUCUUAUAUCUGAUUCAAGUCUUUUUCUGGGAGCUGUAUCAAAAAUACCUUACAAAUGCUACCAUGCUUUAAACUAUUUAAUUAAUGAAUUUAAUCAAUCUUAA